AUGAUCUCCCCUUCUUACGACGUACUUAUUGUGGGUGCCGGUGUAGCAGGCCCUGCCCUUGCCUAUGCCCUUGCCACAAAGACCUGCAACAAGCGUCAUGCUCCUCUGCGCAUAGCUCUACUUGAGCGUUCCUUGUCAAAGCCAGACCGUAUCGUCGCCGAAUUGCUCCAGCCUGGCGGCGUUGCCUCGCUCCAGAAGCUUGGUCUCGAGGCAUGCCUCGCAGACCUUGGUUCUGUUUCUUUGUUAGGGUAUCAUGUUCUGCGAGAAAAGCAGGGCAUCUGCGCCCCCUUUCCUGAAGGCAAUGACGCACGAGCCUUUGACCACGGAGGAUUUAUUAUGGCCUUGCGCGAGCACGCACGGCGGGCGCCCAACGUCGACGUGAUCGAGACCACAGUAACAAGUCUCAUCGAGGAUGAGAGUACACAUCGCGUAAUAGGUGUUCAUGCCUCCCAAGCGGGUGGUCGGCCAGAGUCACACUUUGCUGACCUCGUUAUUCUCGCGGACGGCUCACUAUCCAAGUUCAGAACCGCCGUCCUCGGCCACAUGCCGUAUGAGCCUUCACACAAGGGGUACUUGGCAGGUCUGAUUGUGAAAGACCUGACGCUGCCAGUGCCCAAGUAUGCCACCAUGGCCAUCCUGAAAGCCGCUGGACCGGUCAUCCUGUUCGAGCUCCCCAACAACGAGUAUCGAAUGCUGGUCGAAUUGAAACAUCCGCCGCCAGUGGACCUCAGGGAGCAUAUAACGCGCAACAUUGUUCCUCAACUUCCAUCGUCGGUACGCGUACCCAUUCUUAAUGCUCUAGAAACGUCGCGUGUACGCCGAGUCCCCCAUUAUUAUCUUCCGCCCACAAAACAAGGAGAAUAUAGCAAAGCGGGCGCGUUUCUUUUGGGAGAUUCAUUGAAUAUGCGCCACCCGCUAACUGCGGGUGGAAUGACGGUUGCUCUAAAUGACGUAGUCAUUCUCUCUGAUCUUCUGGCCAACAUCGAGAGCUUUGGCAACUGGAAUGAAAUCUCAGCCGUCCUCCGAAAGUGGCACCACAUGAGAAAACCGCUCGCAUCCACUAUCAAUGUUAUGAGCAUGAGUUGGGCUGGUAUAUUCGCAGCCGAGGGCGAGGCGUUUGACAUUAUGCAAGAAGGGGCAUUCAAGUUCUUCGGGAAAGGUGCCGAAUAUUCCAAGGAACCCAUGUCACUAGCAGCCGGGAUCACUCAUUCUCCAUUACUUCUGGCUCGCAGUUCUCUUGCUAUAGCAUUUUACUCCAUUUGGGUGAUGUUCACCCAUCUCAGACCCGGAAAGAAAUCUACUCCGCAAUUUUACGAGUACCCGUUGCUUUUGGUUAAGGCACUGAACGUCGUGUGGACUAUAGGCAUCGUGAUGGGGCCGGUGAUUUGGGCGGAAAUGUGA